CAAACUCAAAAGCUAUGUGUCGUCGUCGUCUUCUUUUUUUCAUAGUCAUAAACUUAGAGUAUAUUCAUGUGUGACAAACAAGACCGCUAAUACUCUUUUGCAUUUUAUUAUUUAAGAAAACAAAUGAGUAAAUGCGUUAGAUGUCUAUCGCUUUUUCAAAUUACUGUUACUGUCUUAGAGUGAGAACCCCUCUUAAUUUCUUGCUUUAUUCUCACAUUAUAUAUUACAAAAGUAGUGUUCUUGUUUUGUCCAACUACAAAGAGAAAUGGGGAGAGCGCCGUGUUGUGCUAAAGAGGGUUUACGUAAAGGUCCUUGGUCUACAAAAGAAGAUUUAUUACUUAGUAAUUAUAUUAAGGAAAAUGGUGAAGGCCAAUGGAGAAACUUGCCCAAGAAAGCUGGGUUACUUAGAUGUGGAAAGAGUUGUAGAUUAAGAUGGAUGAACUAUCUGAGGCCAGGGAUCAAGAGAGGAAAUUUUAGCCAAGAUGAAGAAGAUCUUAUAUUAAGACUUCAUUCCCUUUUGGGUAAUCGUUGGUCACUCAUAGCCGGAAGAUUACCAGGUCGAACUGACAAUGAAAUCAAGAAUUAUUGGAACACACAUCUCAUCAAGAAGCUCAAAAGUGCUGGAAUUGAGCCUAAAGUUAACACGAUUUUCUCCAAAUAUUGUCCCAAAAAAGAACCCAAGAAACACCCCAAAAUAGAGAAACCAAGAAAAAAACAAGACAAGAAGAAAAAUAAGAAGAAAAAAGACCAAUCUUUAGUACAAAAUAUUAGUGACUCUCCUCUGUUUAUCCCAAAACCAAUAAGAAUUUCCUCUUGUAGGAAUCAUAGUGUUAAAGAUGUUGCAUUAUUGAGUACUUCUUCCUCAAACAGUUCUGAAGAAGCCGAUAAAAGGGCAGACCGCUGCACUAAGCUCCCGCUAUGCGCGGGGUCCUCAGACGAGUCAAACCACAUUGGGUCAUAUGUACGCGGCCUUACCGAUGAGGGUAAAAUAGCAGAGGUUUCAUUCAUUCCUUGUGCUUCAAAUUUAUUUGAUGAAGUUCCAUUGGAUGAAAACAUGUUGGAGAAGGUGUAUGAAGAGUAUCUUCAACUUCUUUCUGAAAAAUGUUAUCUUCAGGAUAAUCAAUUAGAUGAUGAUCUUUUGGCUGGAAAUGUCUUUGAUCAUUCAAUGUUAAUGUAGUUUUCUUUUUUUUCAAAUGUAAUGUAGUUUAGCCAGUGAAAGUAUUAGUGUGAUAGUCUUUUGCCUCUAUUUUUUUGUUGUGUAGAAAAGUAUUGCAUUUUUCCCCACCUCAUGUAACACUAUGAUUAUUCUAGGAGUGAAACAAUUUUCUUUUUCCACAAGGAUGGUAUUAA